AUAAAUAGCAUCCUCCCGUGAUUCGAUAAACAAUUAUAAUAAUAAGAAAAGACUAUACUAAGUUUGUGAGUUUCAUCUGUGUAUUUGCCUAUUGAAACAUUUGGUUUGUGUGUGCAUUAAUGAGAGUCUUGACUAAAACUAAUAUAUUUCAACUUGAAAGUGUCUUGAUUAAUAGUUUAAGAUGUCCAGAAUGGCCAUCAUCGCACAACCAACUCAAAGAUUUAUCAACCUAAUCAACCAACAAAUUGAGAUACUCAAAGGAGAGAGGCAAAUUGUGAUAGACACUUUAGAUCGCGCUAUAGAUCAGGUGAUUUUGUUUUAUAAAAUCCAAUGGCUCUGAUUUCGUAGAUCAUUUAUACAAUUGCACAUUAAAACUUUUAGUCUAAAAAAAAAAAAAGAAAAAAGAAACUUACUGAACAAAAGUAUACUUGGAUUUAAGAUUACCGUCCAGGAUAAGACAGAUGUGUGUAUGCUAGUCAUUAAAAUGUGAAGCUUCAUUUAAACCAUUUUAAAAAAUGUUAUCCUUCAUUUAAUACGCAGGUCCUAAGUGAAGUAAAUGUCUGGGUCAAUGGUGGACAUGUCAAUCAUACAACCUAUGCCGAGAUGAACAAAAGGAUUCAACGCGUUAUACAUUUGUUUAUGGAAAAAUCUGCAGAAAUUUUAGGUAUUUUGUGAUAACAAUGACUAUCCCAUUUUAAGAGUUAAAUAUUUGUGACAAUUUGCCACUAUUUGCAACUGCUUUUAGGUAACAGUUUAUAUGCGGCAGUAUGGAACAGAUAGGAAUAAGAGAAUCCACUCUCAUAGUCAUAGUGUGACUGCUAUGGGUAACCCCAAGCACGGACACAUCCAUGGUCCACUCUCAUAGUUAUAGUGUGACUGCUAUGGGUAACCCCAAGCACGGACACAUCCAUGGUCCACUCUCAUAGUCAUAGUGUGACUGCUAUGGGUAACCCCAAGCACGGACACAUCCAUGGUCCACUCUCAUAGUCAUAGUGUGACUGCUAUGGGUAACCCCAAGCACGGACACAUCCAUGGUCCACUCUCAUAGUCAUAGUGUGACUGCUAUGGGUAACCCCAAGCACGGACACAUCCAUGGUCAUUUAAAGUAACACUCAGCCGUGUACUGGCCUUAAAUUUUAUGUUGGUUAUUUACACGCGGGAAUAACCAUCCCUGCUACGGGGUUGACCCAUGGUCAGCUCGGACGCGGGUUCCCUGUGAUUGUGUGUGUGUGUGGGAGGGGGGCGAACUUGUACUUGAGGUGUGGACAUCUUUGAGAUUGUGGUGUGGAACGGAUGCGUCGGGUCGGUGGCAGGUGUGAGAGAUUUUCCUGUCGGCUCUGUCAACGGAUUGUACCUUACAUUAAAAAGCUAUAGUUCUCAGACCAGAUUGUUUUUUGUGAUUUUAUUUAAACUGUAAGCUACCUCACCACUCGGCUACAUAUAGAAUAAUAAGCUAAUUUACAUUAUGCAAACAUCCAUGAUUUGCAUUGGUAAUUUUUACAAAAUUCAUAAUAAUAAUAAAGUAUGUAAUAUUUUUGUUCUAAGCAAAAAUGGUAUUGGUAUAAAACAGAGUAUUCUUAUUAACAAUUUCUGAAAUAUUUCUGGUCCUCUUAGUCCUUUUUAAAAACCGCUAUAACAAGAUUUUGAUUAGGUUCCACAUAACUUUUAUUAUUCAAUAUGUUGUAAAAAUUUAUUUAUUUGCUAUUUUAAGAUCCAGCUUUUGAAGAAAAUGAACAUGUUUCAAGGAAAGUGACUUCGCAAGCUAGCAAUAAUUCGACAAUUCCUAACAUGAGUUGCACAAGGGGAGACGUCAAAGAGAAUAUAAUCAUUAGCAAAGAAGAAAAAGUACACGAAUCAGGUAGCAGCUUCUUUGGAAUAUAUCUUUCCUCAAAUUUGUUUCGUGCGUUAUCAUUUAUAAGUAGUUAUUGUUUUGAUAUUUCAAGCAAUAAAUUGUUAAAACUCUGACAUACAUUAUAUAAUAUUGAAGAAAAAAAACAAUGUCACCAAAAGAAUAAUAUCGUUGUUUUUAGGAGAUUAUUAACAAGUUACACAAUGUAAUAAACCCAAAGUAGAAACGGUAAGUAUAAGAUAGUUAGUGAGAACGAUGUCUACCUCCUUACCUUUAACUAAUAUAUAUAUUAUUUACAUACAGGUGUAGAUAACAAUAAUACUGCUUUGAAAUUGGCCAUUCUAGAGAUAGCUGUGUACUCACUGAAAAAAACAAAUAAACAAAUUCAAGAACAACAGGACAAUGUCAAAAACAAUUUGGAAUUAUUGAACAACGCAAAUUUAAACUCUGAGAAAAAAUUUCAAGAAAGCAUUGCAUUACUUGAGAAAAAGGGCCAAGAAAUGUCCUCAAGAGUUGACCAUUUGUUUGAAACUGCAACAGAUUUUGGUGGCAAGUUAACCAGAUUAGAAGAGGACAAUGAGUCUGCCAAGGCCUCACGGAAUGAACUCAAUCAACAAAUCAGAGCUGUGAGAACUUUUAGCAGUGAAUCCUUCAUUUCCAUACAAGAUUUGUCAAAGAGCGUCGAGAGUACAACUCAACGCAACAGUGAAAUGUCUAAUAAAAUGGUUCAACUGGAGAGCUCCAUUAAUCUCAUGUCAUCUCAGUACACUGAGCGGUUUGAAGCCAUGUGUAAUUUCAACAAAGAUAAAACAGACGCAUUCGUAAGCAAUGUUAGAAUUAUGUCAUGUCUUUUUUGGAGUGUAACUUGAAAUUCUUUUCAGAGAAUGAUUUAACAAAAACAGCUUUUAACAAUUUAAAACAUGACAACACACACAUUUUUUGGUUGUUUUUAUUCAGCUCCCUUAAACCAUACAUUUCUCAAUUGAUGUAAUCUGUGUUAAAAUCCUUAGUUUUAAAUACAAAUGUCGAUGUUUUUCAUGUAAAAGACGGAAAGACUUAUGUCCACAUUUAAGUAUUUUUAAUUAUAAAGUUUAAAUGAUAUUUUAAGUUAAAAUUAUUUACUCUAAUUAUAUUGUUUUUGUUUUUUUCAAAAAAUAGUUUCUACCCCGUACAGAGGGGUAUAACUAGUAAAAUCGGCAAAAACUAUUUGUAACCCCCAAAAUUUGUUUACAUAAUGAUAAAAAUAUAUUAUCAUUAAAGCAAUGAACAAAUAAAAUGUUACGGAAUGCAAGUUGUUUUAAGAAUACUAAAUAUACUUAAUUUUUGCUUUGUGGCAAUUUUCAAAUCAGACAUAGGAACAAGAAAAAAGUGAUUCAGUCCAACAUAGUCGAAAAUGUUUUUAUUUUAAUGUCUGUAAUGGAAAAUGUUUACAUUCCUGGCAAUAUGAUAUCACUUGAAAGUCCUUUAAAUUAUUUUGAUAGUAACGGUACAUUCUCCACUGGAUUAUUACGCAUACUCUGUAAAAUUUGUGUUUAUUUUUCAAAUUAAUGAAAAUAAUUUUAAUGCAGAAAUUUACUCGUAGUUUUCUUUACAUCAGAAAAAUUCUCUUUUUAAAAGGAGAUCUAUAAGAAAGUAAACAUAUUUAAUUGUGAUUAAUUUGACUAGUGAAUGAUCAUUAAAAACAAUUUUUUUUUAUACUUCAUAAUUGUUAUGCUUUGUCAAAUGCUAGAUAAAAGUCGAACUCCAUUUUGGAUAUUAAACUAGACUUUAAAAGUGUAAGUGUCUAAAGAAGCAAACAACUUUAAAUAUACCUCGUUUUAAAAAAAAAAUAUUAUAAGAUGAGUUAUUUUGACAAUUACUGUUAUAUUUUGUAUGUCGUAAAUUUUUACAAAGUUGUAUUUUUAUUAAUAUUUUUAUACCCAUUUACAGGAAAAUUCUAUUGAGAAUAGAGUAGCUAAACUAACAAACAAAGUUGCAAAAUUAGGUAAGAUAUCAAGAAAUACAUACUUUUGACGAUUUGAUAAACAUUUAGAGAAAACAUGAUGUUUAGAGUCGAGCAAUGAACUAACUAACAUAGUUGCAAAAGCGUGUAGGUUGGGGGGGGGGGGGGAAUUUUUAAAAAAAAUAAGUCAUUUAGAAUCGCGUAUCCAUAAAAGACAAAUUUCGUUAAGUUCAUAUUUUCAAGAUAUUGUCCGUAUUAUUCUUCAUAAUCGAUAAUAUAACUUUAGAGAAAAAAGUCUAUUUAAUUAUUCCUAUAUUUGAAAUUCUAUUGAAACGUUAUUACAUAGUUUAUGUACGCCAAAUAAGCAGUGGUAAUUAAUUUCUCUGUUUGCUUAAAAAGAUGUUUGUUUUUCUUUUCUGCUUAUUAAUAAAACUAAGUUAGAUAAACAGAAAGAGAAAAGACAAAACAGAAGAAAAUAAACCCUACAAAAAUUAUUCAAAUAUGUCUGAGUUUUUUCGUUGAGUUUAUUAAUUCAAAUGAUGAUAUAGUUACAAUAACUGUGCGUUAAAAAUAACUAAACAUGUUCUUACGAAAGUAAUCGAGGUGGUGUACGAGAGUCUGAGAUCGAGCAGAGACAGGUGGGACAGUUUGAGUGGAGAGAGCUAGGAUCUUAAAGGUGUGAUGGAUUGAUCUAAAUAUUAUCAAAUUAAGUAUCAUGUCCAUAUCAGUUGAUAAUAGAAUAAUUAUUAAAAAUUAUAUGCCCUAUUAUUUUUGUACCCCGAGUAUGAGACACAUGAAAUAGAUCUUGUUGUUUUACUCUUGUUUAGCAGUUCUGUCUGAGAGACGAUGAUCAGUUUAACCAACCUAGCCCAUAUGGUGGCAGGUACACAUGAUUGCGUAGACAAGAUUGCGGCUAGUGCAGAUGAAAUUCGUCAGUUUUCUGAAUAAAAAAUAAAAGAAAAAGCGUUCUUAUUUACUGUAUAAUAUAUCGACCUUGGAAAAAAUUACAAACAUUGUAUUUUAACAUUAAAACCAUAUACGAAAGUAAUCAUAAUUAUAACAAUUUCGACAUGGCAUUGUCUUUAGAAUAACAAUAGAGAGUCAAAUUUUUAAUUAAUUAUGACCAAGGAUAGCUUUGUGUUUUUUUUCGUAUAGCCGAACACUGCAACGGAGAUGUAUCUAAAGAGUUUGUGUUUAAAAUAUAGUAUAUUAUUACCCAAUAAACAAAGGAGCUUUUUGUAUAGUGCAUCUGGGACGGCUAAUUUAAAAAAAAAAAAACGUUGCAAACUGAUACUUUUGUGUGUGAAAAGAAGUCUCUUCCAAAGUUAGAUGACUUUAGCUUUGAACUGGUAGGUUCUAUUUUCUGAUAUAUAUUGUGUAACAAUAUGGGCUAAUAGUGCCAAGAUUUUACACGAUAUGUGCUACAUUGUACUUAGUCCUUUCAUUUCUCUGUUAUACGUCUUGGCUCCACGCCAUUCGCAUGGCGUCCGCUUAAAUUUAAGACGUUGCGAGUUCAUAACGGUAGUUUCGGAUACUUGGAGAAUCAACGUUGUACUGUGGUCCCCUUCCCAAUAUUCUGGAAAAGGGGCUGGUCUUGUAUUACUUUUAAAAUUAUUUUCAAUUCUUUUUCUCUUUAUCACAGAUCGUCAAUGCAGUCUCCCCAAUGCGGGCUUUUAUGCAUGGACAUCGUUAGAAGUCAAAGAUGGAUGGUGCGAUGUUGAGUCCUUUGAUUCCGUCCCAGCCAACUACGGAGAUCAUUUUAAUUCACAGACCGGGAAGUUUUCCGCACCACUGAAUGGCUUGUAUUUAAUAAGCAUCAGGACGGGGAGCCUCGAAAAAAAUGACUCGUUUGGUGCUGUAUGUUAUCAGAAGAGUAACAAUCCGUUACCUCAAAGGGAUGAUGGCAUCAUUGAGCUUUGCGAUGUUGUUGGGAACCAGACCAUAGUACGGUGCACUGAACUGGCAGCAGGGGACACUGUAUAUUUGCAAUCGACUAAUUUUGACAAAAGCACCACAAAGUAUAUUUCGGUUUAUUUUUCUAUUGUUAUGAUUAAAUGCUAAAUGUUUUGCUAUAAGUAUCGGCUUCCACAAAGUAUAAGAGUUUUAUAUAACAUUAAAAGUGAUGACAGUUUUAAAAAUCUUUUUCGAUAUAUUUUUCUUUUUUUGUAAUUAAAAACUGAAUGUUUUGCUAAAAGUAUCG